UGAGCGAAGGCUGUUUGAGGGCGACGUGUGAGAAAAUGUGAGGUCGAAAGUCGCCUGUGAAGGGAUUAAUGAGGACUGUUUGGACUUCAGUACUACUCCUGAGUCUCGGCGCACCUGAACCAGCAGACCUGUUUUACUCGGAGCAGUUAGAGGGAGAAGGACAUGGACGCGUAUGAAAAGUACACAGACCGAUUUGGACGCUCCUCGUUUAACGCUGACGUUUCCCCUGUGACCAUGGGAUUUGGGGUGGAGCUAAAAGAAAGGAAGCAUUUAUGACCUUAUUCUGGAAUAAGGAAAAUGUUCUUAGUUGCCUCCUGACUUUAACAUCACACUGCCCCAAAUGACUUCUGUAAUACAUUUUAGGCAUUCAUGUAGCCAAGCAUGUGACCGUAUGAUGAUAUUCAUCUACCUGACGUAUGCCUGAGCUUUGUUUAGUGAAAGCAUCCCCUACUCCUUCUUCGUCCCCUACAUCCUGUCUACUGUCUCGUCUGCUUAUGCUGUCCUGAAGCCCUGAUCUUUGGCCAUGCUCUGCAAGAGAAGUUCCCUCAUUGUUUGUGGUGCUUUCUUGUUUGUAGCUUGGAAUGCCGUUCUCAUAUUUGUCCUCUUGAGACGCUCUCCCAUUGGCCAGGAGGGUAAGGGUAUGCAGGGGGAGCCUGGAUAUGAGGAGGGCCAACGAGGCAAAGAAAAAGGCAAUAUUAUCCAGGAAUUAAUGAGGGUAAUUAAUGCAUUUGAAACUGAACUCAAAUCACAGAACGACAUUCUUCAUAAGAUCCAGUUGCACAAGUCACUGUGGCAAGAACGCAAAAAUGGUAACACGGCUGUGAAGAGUAAAUCGAAUGUUUUGGAGCCAGCCCCUGUGAUCAUUCCCAUUUUGGUCAUAGCAUGUAACAGGGUGACAGUGAAGCGCUGCUUGGACAAACUCCUUGAACAUCGCCCAUCAGCUGAAAGCUACCCCAUCAUUGUGAGCCAGGAUUGUGGACACUCGGAGACAGCUAGUGUGAUUGCCUCCUAUGGCAGUCAGCUGACCCACAUCAAACAACCUGAUUUGUCAGAUAUUUCAGUGCCUGUAGCACAUAGGAAGUUCCAGGGGUACUACAAAAUCUCAAGACAUUACCACUGGGCUCUCAACCAGGUGUUCAACUCCUUCUCGUAUUCCUCGGUCAUCGUUGUGGAGGACGAUUUGGAGGUGGCUCCUGACUUCUUUGAGUACUUCACAGCCCUCUACCCCAUAUUGAAAUCUGAUCCGACUCUGUGGUGUGCAUCUGCUUGGAAUGACAAUGGCAGGGAAGGAUUCGUUGACCCUGGUAAAUCAACCCUCUUAUAUAGGACAGAUUUUUUCCCAGGCCUUGGAUGGAUGCUCCUGAAGGAACUGUGGCUCGAGCUUGAACCAAAAUGGCCAGCAUCAUUUUGGGAUGACUGGAUGCGACAUCCUGACCAACGCAAAGACCGAUCUUGCAUUCGUCCUGAAGUAUCUAGAACUUUAACCUUUGGUCGUAAGGGUGUGAGUUUGGGUCAGUUCUAUGACAAGUAUCUCCGCUUUAUUAAACUCAAUACAGAAUUUGUGCCUUUUACAAAACUAGAUCUGUCUUAUUUAGAGAAAAAAAAAUACGAUGAAGAUUUUGAGAAGGAGGUUUACAGUGCUCCCAUCGUGGCCAUGGAAGACCUGAAAAGCGGGAAGUUAUCUGGACCAGGCCCGUUUCGGGUGCAGUACUCCAGUCCUGAAAGUUUUAAAGCCCUAGCGCGCAACCUUGGGGUCAUGGAUGACUUGAAGUCUGGAGUGCCGCGAGCAGGUUAUAGAGGUGUUGUCAGCUUCUUUUCGCGAGGAAGACGAAUCUACAUAGCACCACCUGUUGGUUGGAACCGGUACGAUCCAAGCUGGAGUUGAGGAAGGCUGUGCCUGUCUCUUGGAGGGGGGGUAAAUGUUGUUCAUGUCGUCAGCACAGAUAAGUCAUACUGUGCUUUACUGUACUUUGCAUCGUGCAGAACAUGCCACAGGUGCUUCAGAAGAAAGAAGUAGGCCUAAUAAUGGACUUUAUGAUGGAAAAAAAGAUAAAUUUGGUAUUUCCAGGGUUGGCACAGACAUGAUACCAAAGAAGGUAGUGUAGAUUAGUUGACUUUCAUGCCUCAGGUCAAUGUUAACAUUUUUAAGAGAAAAGAUUUAUAUAUAUAUAUUCAUUCAGUGUUGGAUAUAUAUGUUGGAAUUAUUACACCAAGCUGCCACCAUAAAUGUAAUUUAUACUGAUCAGUUAUGUAUAUUACCAUGAUAUGAUCAGAACUUAAUGCAGAUGUUGUGUAUAAGAUAUAGAAAAUUGUAUUCACCUCUCAUCUAAAUACUGCUUUAAGUGCCUUCAGACUUUUUUAGUUUUUUUUUUUUUUUUUAAUUCUAUGUGAAGUUCUAAAGUUCACGUUAAGUGGUGAUGGUUGUUAUGUUGUUUCAGACACCUUCUGUAGCUUUUCAAUGCAUUUGGAAAGACCUGUUCAUUGACAAAUUGUCACUAUAAUACUGCAAUUUGGAGAUUUAAUAUGUGGAAGAAAGAAUAAAAAAAAGUUUUGCAAUCUUUAA